CUGCUUAUUGGGCAGUGACAGUAUAACAUGCAAAACACCUGCAUGUGCAUGUGCUUCUGUUGUCUGGUUCGGAAGAUUACAUUGUGGUCAGAAGAAUUGUUUGUUUGCUCAGAUAUGCAUGCCGAAUAGCGGAAAAAAAAAAAAAAAAAGAUUAAUAAAAGACAAAAUAAAUAGGUUUCUCAGCUCAUUUUAUGAUGAUAGUAAAUUUUUGCAUAGAAUGAACCAUUGGUGAAUCCGUUCUGAGCUGAGCCACUUUUAAAGAGAUGAUUUAAUUCCUGCCUUUAAAAAAUGUACCUUGACUGCUAUAAUAGUUGUGAAGUUUGGAUUGACUGCAUUUAAUGCAUGCCUGUUUUACAGCUUUGUGUUUGGUAAUACUGACCCUCAGAGCACUCUACCGCGUGGACUUCUGGAUAUUUAAGUUGAUUAUCUCCUGAAUGUCAGUUAUGCGAGCCUGCGGGUCAGUGUCAGUCCCACCUCGGCAGCUGUUAGGGCAAUGGCCCUCUCUUGUCUGAGCUGUGCACAACCACAAAUUGUGCUCAUAGAUGAGAUGGAGAGAUUUUGAGAAGGGAAAUGUUAUUGCAACACUAUUAACUGACUACAGCAAGCUUUCCUCUCAAAGGGCUUGUAUAUUUGGUUUGUUCUUUGUACUUGAUAGUGUUCUGCGCAUUUAGGAGAGCAAUCAUUCAUUACCUCAUAAAGAACUUGCUUAACUUUGUGCUGCGAGACUGUGAGAGCAUAUGGGUGUGAACUUGUCUAAAAAUUCCGGGACAUGACUUCAUUUGGAGUAUUAGCAAGUGAUGUAAAUGUUCAGUGCUGGACACAAUCUCCAUGUCUUUUCCAUGCCAUGAUUCAAAACAGUUGUUUGGUUCAUAGUUGUGUCACUGUCAGGUAACUGUCCAUUCCAACCAAACCGUCCUUUCAGAUGUCAGAUAAUGCCAAGUGGAGACAGCUUGUCCCGUCACAGGAAGUGGAUGUCUGUGCUGUAGAUGGAGUCAUUACAUACUCCUGGAACGCUGUGUGAUUGAUUCAAGACCUGGACCGUGAUGGGAUCUGGGUGUGAGGUGGAGUCCGUCAUCAUAACUCACUGACUCACACCAGAGUGUUUUGCGAAGGCUCGACUUUUCCAGCACACAAUCCACUCCAAAUAUUCAGAUCCGGAACAUGAUGUCAUAGUACUGGUGCACUUCUGGAUAGAGAUCACUCUAGAAGAACCUGAUUGUCUUUGAACUCUGUUGCCUUUAGGAAAGAAAGAGUGACUUAGGCCAUAAAAAUACUCUAUACACAUGUCCGAAAAUAUGUGGUCUUUCUGCAACUUUGCAUUACUGUGGGUGUUACAAACCACAGAUGUCUGUGCCAUUAACCAAGAGUGUUAUUCAGGUCACUAGCUGUUUACAUAUAGACAUUUAGCUAACUUUAACUUAAGAGGUCAAGGUUUGGCUAGUUAACAUGACCCAGCUAGCCCCUGCUGGUACAGUAGAUGUUUUUCUAUUGACUAUUAUUUAAAAGUUUCUGUGUAUACUGAUUAAAUUUACUGAUUCCUUUUUUUUUUCGGUUGCACAGACUGUUGCACAGUCAGCACAGUGUGUACUGGUGGACUUCUAGAAUUAGGAGCAUGUAUGGGUUGGAACAAAAUCAUAAUUUUAUUUUAUAUUAAUAUAGUAUUUAUAAAAAACAGGUCACAUCAAAGGCUCACUACUGUAAAAAAAGAUAAUGUGUAAUUAUUAACUGUUCCAAACUGAAAUUUGGGCUUUGGCUUUUGUGAAGUGUUACUAGAAAUGUAAUUGUUUAAUGUCAGGUCACAAAUUAUUUGUCUGAUUUUCUUAGCCUCUGACAAAAUGCCCCUGGUAACGAUGUGGUUACCCAAAAUACCCCUGAGUCUCUCUUAGAUGAUUUUUUACACACAACUGCUCCUACACUCCUGAUGGCCGUGUGCUUAAUGAGCUGAUUCUAGCUUCAGCAGGGCCGUUAAAAAGCGCGUGUCAUCAUGAUCAUGCCUCUGUUUUGGAGACGAAGAAAGGCUGAAUCGAUUGUUUGUUGCUUUGUUUCUCACCCUGUGUCAUCUGACUGCUGCCAACUCUUGUGAAGAUAAAACUUUAGAACGGAUUUGUCUUUUGUUGCUUACAUUGUGUUUAUGAAGGUAGUAAAAUUGUUGGAGAAGCUAUUAGUGACGAUUGCAGCAGUGAUGUCAUCUUCAGGAGUCAUCUCUGCAGGUGUGUGUUUAAUGUGUGCAAAGGCACAGCUGAGACACACACACACACACACACAAAUGUUGUAAAUCUCAAGGGAAGAGCUGCCCACACACUGCCUUAAAUGAGUAGUAAUGAGCUCAAUGUCCUGUACUUAACAUGUUAGCAUGUGCAUUAAACCUUUUAAAAGUAAAAACCACACCAUUGGUCUUUUAUGUUCAAUCUUUAAAGGAAUCGUCCACCCAGAUAUGAAAAGGUGCUGUUUAUCGAUUCACUGUUGGUCCAUUCAAGUUGUAGGUGUCUUUCUUUCUUCAGAAGAGCAGUGAAUACAUUUUUUAGCUGAACCCAUAUUUCUUUAGUGAGCUAUAAUAUUAUAAAGUCCAUGGGAGCCAUCACUUGGAUUAAAGUGAGCAACAACAGUGUCAUAUACGUGUACGUCAUUUUUUUGCAUUUAAUGUUCAUAUGGACCAUGGUUUCAGCUUAAAAAAAAAUCAGUAUAUAUUUUUGGGGAUAAAAUAUUCCUUUCUCUGUAAAAUAUUCCCACAGAGUUAUACAUGCUAACAAUGCCGUUUUAUUUUUAGAUUUACAUAAUAUCUAUUUACAUAAUGGUAUAUUAUAAGAUUUUUACUUGCUGAAUCUUCAAAAAUCUGAUCAUGGAGGGGAACUGGAUGAAGGAAAUAUUUUUUUUCUCAGUUAAAAAUGUUAAAAAUGGCAAACAUGUUGCUAUGUUGCAUUUCAGGCAUGGGAGCUCCGCUCUAGUAGCAGUUCAGUCUCAGCCUCAUCAUCUUCCCAUGUUGACUUUGGCAGUUAGCAUAAAUUUGUCAAUUUGUCAGUGACACUGAGAAUUUCUGUGAAUGUGUCUUGGGGUCACACUUGAGAAUGUUUUCUCAGGCUGGAGUUCGAAGUGAGCUGGGUGACAAAACGCAUGCCUUAAUGCAUGAUAUGGGCUAAACUGCUGUUUCUGUUAUGCAUAAAGUCUACUUCGAAACAUGAUGCACUGAUAUAUAAGUGAAAUGCCUAGAUUUAAAUUAGUAACAAGCUGUUUCACAGAACACUUUUUUUCUGUCCAUGGGCACUAAAUAGGGCAAAUGAUGUCAUGUUGGAAUGCUUUUAUCUUAAAGAGGACUGGAUUUAGUGGAGCUGGAACACAUGGGCAGCAGACGCAGGCAGGACUGAGAGCAGCACAGAUGGAAAGAGGCUGGGCAAAAUAUAUAUUUUUUAUAACUGAGGCCUGAAUGCAUCAAGGUACCAGGUAUAUACCAUGUCAUAUUUGGAGAUUUUAAGAAGCAGCUGGCUGUCAUGUACAGUACUUUUUUUUUAUUAUUAUUUUGUGUUUAUGAGAGGCUAGCAGGCUCUCAUAGACACCAAAGCAAGAUUAUUAAAAAAAUUGUAGUUCUUUGUGUUAGCUUGACAUAUUUGAGUGUAGAAGUGAAGAUUCAGGUUCAAAUGACAACAAAAUAUGUUUACAUAUUAAAAGUAUAUUAAAAAAUGUAUUUAAUUAAACUUAAUAUUGAGUAACAUACAUUUCACACACACAACUACACAAGUUACUUCAGACAGGGUCACAGUAAAGCAUUGCACAUCUCUGAUCUGAUCGUCAUGCAUUUUCAAUUAAUGGAAAAGAGGAGCCUUAACAUUUUAGGAUGAUGACGACAAAUUUCUUCUCUUUUUUUUUUAUUAAAAAAAAAAACGAUUUGUCCCCACAAACUGCAACUUAAUUUAAUCAUGAAGAUGCAUUCAUAAUAGCUUUGCUGGUUUGAAGAGAAAUUCCGCUUCUGAUGUUAUGCUCUUGCCUUGCUCAAACACCCUUCCUGUUUUUAACUCGUCUUGUAUACUUCAGUUUAUCUUAAGUUGCCUCAUCGUUGUAUAACCAACAUCCUGUAAGAUAUAGACUGCAUGCAGCUCAGUGCUGAAGGGUUCCCACAAAGCUCUGAGAAUGAACUCCUUGACAACAAACAGUUUUAGGGCCCCAGCCCUAAAAUACCACAUUCUGCAAUCACUUUUGAGAAGGUAGCACUGGUUUCCCUUCACUGAUAGUGAGAGAGCUAAUGGUCCUAGAUGGGGGCCUGUGGAUGGAAGAGCCUGAGACUGGGAUGAUAACAGCGGGCUGAAGUUACACCCGACUGAGCCCAUGUCCCCAUGAGGCCAGUUGCAUGGCUCAAAAAGCACUUUCUCAAAGAUUUCCUUUGAAAUACGAUCUUUUCAUCACUGUGCUCAAAUGUGCAUUCAUGACUCAUGUGGUUUCCUGUGGAGAAAAAGAAGACAUUUUCUCAGCCUCACUGUGGAAGUCAGUGUUACACACCUAAUGGAUUGUAAUUAGAAUUGUUUCUAGACGCUUAAGGCAAAGAUGGCCUUAAAUUCUCAAACAGAGGGUGCUGCUUUUCCCUUUGCAAUAUUAUGUGUUUUUAUACAUUUUUCAGAAAAUUUGUUAUGUAUAAAGGUGGCAGGUGUUUUACAUUAAAUAAAUUGAUUUAAGGAUGCUUUGCCACGGAUUGCAAUGUCAAAAAUUCAUAUUACAAACAAUAUAUCAAAAAGAAGGGUCUGUUCUCAUUCAUACACUAACAUUGUUGUAUUUUUAGGAGCAUUCUGUUGUAAAAAAGCGCUCGGUGGCUGAACUAGCUGGAAAAUUCAGUAUUCCAAUACCCCACAUGACAGACGCUGAAGUGAACAAGCCUGUGAGGAGGAGACCCCCACGCUCACUACCGCUGCCUGCUGCUAAUGAUGCAGGUCAAAGCCAGGAUGAGAAAGGAGCUGAAACAGUAUCAACCAGGAAGAACAGAAACUCUGCCCUCAUUGAGAAACUGCAGGCCAGCCUUACGCUUUCUCCUACGGGACCUCCGUCCUUCUCAAAGAGCCCAGGGGUGCUGAAGUUACCGGUGCCGUCCAUCUCCCCCGGCUCUCCCAGCAGCACCUCUAGUCCUCCCGUAACUGUCACGCCCAAACAAGAGGAAACUCCUGCCAGCUUUGAGAGUCCCACUGAGGGAACUGUUCUCAAAAGCAUCAACAAGGGUAGAGCUCGACUUUCCAUCAAGCGGCGCCCACCGUCUCGCAGACACAGGAAGUCCAGUGCAGAUGAAGGCGGAGAUGAUGUGGAUAAAACAGCCUCAGCCACCCUCGAUCAAACGACUCCAAAUGGGCAUGAAAGAGACGUGUUUGAAGAACACAAGACGUCACCAGAUGCAGAAUCUCUCUCCUCUAAAGAACAGAUGCAGCAGGAAACGGAACCUGCAGAUCCAGAGAAGCCAGAACCGGAGGAAAAAGUGGAGACUGUGACUUCGGAAAAGAUUGAGGGAGAAGAGAAAGAAGAGGAAACAGAACCAGAGCUAAAGGAAGAGAAACGUGAAGAUGAACCACCGCUGACUAACAAUACAGAAGAAACACGUGAAGCGCUAGACACGCAACCACAAACAGAGCCGGACACAACAGAUGAGAAAGAAGAGGAACCGAAAGAAGAUGAAGUAAACCAUUAGAGCCGAGUGAGAGUGUAAAGUCUCUAAAUAGAAAAAAAGGUCAAAGCUGCCUCAGACUGAAGACUGAAACUCACUGCUUAACCAUAGCGAAGACAUCAGGAGAAGAUGAAGAAAUGUGAAUUGGUUUUAGACUUUAGACUUAAACCAAAGAUUGGAUUCGUUUGAAUGUGCAAGUGAAACCCGCAGCUGCAGAGAACUACCGUAUUGUCCCUCCUGUACAGUUGUGUUAUUGUUCUGAGCCACAUUAGUUUGAUUUGAGAUCAUAUGGGAUUUGGUUUGGUUUUUACUUUUGUAUAUAAAUAUUAGUCUUCACAUAUUUUUUAUAUAGUUCUUGUAGUUCGUAGUUGUAUUCCUGUCAUAAAUAUGAAUGGUGGAUCAUUGAGACUUGCAGAAAAUAAAAAAUGGGAAUAUGAAAAAAACUUAUCACAUUUCCACAUUUCAUUGGAGAAUAUUGGUUUUCUCAGUGCAGUGUUGGAUGAAAAAUAUUGAAGUAUCUAAGCAUGAGUAUAUGUAAGGAUCACUAAGAUGGAAAGUUCUGGUUCUAGAGAAGACUUACCUCGAGGUCAUGACCCUAGUCUGCUCCUAUUCUGCAUAAGAUCUGGCCUUCAGACAAAUAUUUGCUUAAAAAAAUAUGCGCAAAUAACUAUCUGUUUAUAUAGCAGAAGUACCAGAUAUUCUCUUAUAAAAUCUCUUAAUCGGAGAGCUGACAGAUUUUCAGCGUUAGACCUGUUCUCAUCUCUGGGAUCUGUGCUGACCUCAUGGAAGCUCUAGUGAGGGACAGAUUAUCAUUUAAAUAGAGCUCUCUCACUAAGCAUGUGCUCUGUGUUUUAAUAUUGGCCCUGACUACAGAGUAGAAUACUUAACUGUGACAUAAACCCAUUGAAAUUGAGAUUUAUACAUCAUCUGAAAGCUAAAUAAAUAAGGAUUAUUAGGAUCGGAAAUUUUUGGUUGAGAUACAACUUUGAAAAUCUGGAAUCUGAAAAAAAUCUAAAUACUGAGAAAAUCGUUGUCCAAAUGAGUUCUUAGCAAUGCAUAUUACUAAACAA